GCUCAGUGAGGACCGGUGGAAGGGGAGGUCGGGUCGGCACGGCAGUGGCACGGCAGGUGCGACCGACGGCUGCCUCACUCGUUGCUGGCGGCGUGUGGUGUCGACAUGGCGCGUCUCCUGGUAGCCUGCCUGCUACUCCUGCACAUCGCACACGCCAAGGAAACGCUCACUGAAACGAACUGUCCGGACAUCAGGAAAUCGAACAUGGCAACUGAACUACUGAACGACCUCGUCGCCCCCUGCAGGUACGACCAGUGGGCGCCCCCCGGGAACAGAUCGGGCCCGCUCCAAGUGGGGGUCCGGAUGCACGUGUACUUCCUGGGGGCCAUCGAAGCCCAGAGCCUACAAUUCACGGCGCACAUCUUGCUGCGGCUGAGGUGGGUGGACCCCCGGCUCGAAUACAAAAGCUUCGCCCCCGGUGUGCCCCUGGUUGUCCGGGAGGGUGCCCCCAGGGACCGUCUGUGGACGCCCCACGUGUACCUGGUGAACGAACAAGAAUCCGUCGUGAUGGGCGCAGACAAGAAGGACGUCCUGCUCACUGUGGAGCCCGACGGAACAGUGGUCCUCUCUGCCAGGAUGAAAGUGACGCUGUUCUGUCUGAUGAACCUACAGAAGUUCCCAUUCGACCAGCAGCAGUGCCCUCUGGUGCUGGAGAGUUGGACACACAAUAGCAGCGACCUGAACCUGUUCUGGGAGUCCGAUUCGCCCGUCACGGUGAACAGGGACCUACACCUCACCGAGUACCGCCUGGUCAACAUGUGGUCCAACUUCAGCGUCGCCAACUACUCCCUCACAGCUGACGUGAGAACGGCUUUCGGCCUGCAGUCCCGCCUGUACGGGAAAUUCGGUGGUAACUACAGCGCCCUGACAGUGCGGUUCGACCUGGCCAGAGAAGUCGGCCACUAUAUCAUGGACUACUUUGUCCCCAGCAUCCUGCUGGUCGUCGUGUCCUGGGUCUCCUUCUGGCUGGACCCGAACGCCGUGCCCGGCAGAACUACACUCGGCACGAGCACUAUGCUCACAUUCAUCACCCUGACCCGCAACACAGGCAGCUCCCUGCCCAAGGUGUCCUACAUCAAGGCCACCGAGAUUUGGUUCAUUGUCUGCACGGCUUUCAUCUUCGGUUCGCUCGUCGAGUUCGCCUUUGUCAACACAAUAUGGCGGAGGAAGAAAAACGUAGAGCUCAAGAAGGUCAACAGUAAGUACAUCCUCAAAUCAACUCUGACGCCGCAGAUGAGUCGCAAGCAGUUCAGCGGCUCCUCUGCCAGCAUCGACCGGUGUCAGUCCUGGCCCACGGUCGUGCAGACCGACUCGAACAGCGAACUCAAGUUCUACCUCGGUCCUAGCGACAGCAACACGCUGACCGUGAACUCGAUGGACUCCGUCCGGACUGACCCUAACGUCACAUCGAAGGAGGAUCCUGGAUACACGGACCUGGUAAUCCCUGUGCCCGCACCCGGCGCCCCGCCCGACAACAUCGGCUUCACCACGAUGACGCCGCAACAGAUUGCGCAGUGGAUAGACCGGCGCAGUCGCGUCUUCUUCCCGGCAGCCUUCAUCCUCUUCAACAUCCUCUACUGGGGUUUCGUCUGGAUCUGAAACAGUGGCGCCAUCUUCGGUCGGCUUACGUCACGGAUCGCAUCACAUUAGCCGUUAUAGCAGUUGCUGUUCCUCUCGUAGUGAAACGCAGUGACGUCAAGAUACCUGCACUGUCUGACGUACGCAAACGUCUCAACGUUUGUGACCGUACUAUUAUUGUGUUUCUGGACACUAUCCACUAUCCUGUUUCUUAUUAAAGAGGCACAACGUUUCGGAGACAGGAUUCUGUCUCCGUUUAGUCCCUACCUUCCGGAGACAGGGACUACCUCUAUCGAUUA